UAGCAAUACAACUCUUAAGCUCUACUUCAGUUUUAUCUCCAAUUAAGCUUUCAUAAAAACAAAAACUUACACAAAUUUAUGAAACGCAGCGUUUUGUUUUUCAGGCCUUCAGGGCUGACAGGUAACCAAUUUUCAAAAGAAAAUGUAACGAUCAAAAGACCCGCCAAAGGAUGACUUCGAACUUCAAUGGCACAUCUUAUUUCUCCCCUUUGCCUUACAAGACUCUUCUUUUUCUCAUCCAAAUCCAAGUCUCUCUACAACACUAUAAUACCCAUAUGCUCAUUACAUAUCUGUGCGAUUUCUACAGUUACAUCACGCCAAACACCCCACAAUAGAAAAACAUUUUCCCACAUAUUCCAGGAAUGCUCAAAUCAAAGAUUGCUGAAUCCGGGAAAACAAGCCCACGCUCGCAUGAUCGUAUCCGGGUUCGAUCCUACCACCUUCGUUAAAAAUUGUUUGAUUCAGAUGUACAUUAAGUGUUCCGACUUAGACUGUGCAUACAAGGUAUUUGACAGAAUGCCCCAACGAGACACCGUUUCUUGGAAUACGAUGUUUUUUGGUUAUGCGGGUUGUGGAAAUAUUGCGGUAGCACAGUCAUUCUUUGACUUGAUGCCCGAAAGAGAUGUGGUGUCGUGGAAUUCUAUGAUUUCGGGGUACUUGCAAAAUGGUAAUUAUCAAAAAUCAAUUGACAUUUUCUCGCAGAUGGGGAAGAUGGGUAUGGUUGUGGACCGUACCACUUUUGCUGUUGUUUUGAAAGCAUGUUCAUCUUUGGGAGACUAUGAUGUGGGGAUUCAGGUUCAUGGGCGUGCUGUCCGAAUGGGUUUUGAUCAUGAUGUGGUAACGGGAAGUGCAAUUCUAGACAUGUAUGCGAAAUGUAAGAAAUUAGACGAGUCUCUGCAUUUUUUUCAUGCAAUGCCUGGGAAGAAUUGGGUUUCUUGGAGUGCUAUAAUUGCGGGUUGUGUUCAAAAUGGUGAGCUGCUAGGUGGUGUAGAACUAUUCAAAGAGAUGCAAAAAGAAGGUGCUGGGGUAAGUCAAUCUACUUAUGCUAGUGUUUUCAGGGCAUGUGCAGGUUUAUCUGCACUGAGAUUGGGUUCUCAAUUGCAUGGUCAUGCAUUAAAGGCUGAUUUUGGAUCUGAUAUCAUAUUAGGAACUGCCACUUUGGAUAUGUAUGCAAAAUGUGGCAAUCUGUCUGAGGCUAGAAAGCUAUUUAACUCGUUGCCACAUCGCAAUUUACAAUCUUAUAAUGCCAUGAUUGUUGGGUAUGCUCGAGGUGAUCAGGGCUUUAAAGCUUUGCAGCUGUUUUGGCUUUUGUUGAAGUCUGGUCUUGGUUUUGAUGAAAUAAGCCUAUCUGGUGCAUUUAGCGCUUGUGCAGUAAUCAAAGGGCAUUUAGAAGGGAUCCAGGUACAUGGUUUAACAAUUAAGACUACUUUCUUGCCCAAUGUUUGUGUUGCAAAUGCCAUUUUGGACAUGUAUGGAAAAUGUGGAGCUCUGGCUGAAGCUCGUUGUGUGUUUGGUGAAAUGGAGAGACGAGACGCCGUCUCUUGGAAUGCAAUUAUAGCAGCUCACGAGCAAAAUGGAAAUGAAGAGGAAACACUAUCACUAUUUGUUUGGAUGCUCCGUUCAAGGAUGGAACCUGAUGAAUUCACUUAUGGUAGUGUUCUGAAAGCUUGUGCUGCCAGGCAAGCUCUGAACAGUGGCUUGGAGAUCCAUAACAGAAUUAUCAAAUCUGGUAUGGGGUUGGACUUGUUUGUGGGAAGUGCUCUUGUGGAUAUGUACUGCAAGUGUGCGAAGGUGGAAGAGGCAGAGAAGCUUCAUGACAGACUGGGGGAACAAAUAACAGUUUCGGGGAAUGCAAUAAUCUCUGGGUUCUCAUUGCGUGAACAGAGUGAGGAAGCUCAGAAAUUCUUUUCUCGAAUGUUAGAACAGGGACUUGAACCUGAUAACUUCACGUAUGCAACAGUUCUUGAUACUUGUGCUAAUCUGGCAACUAUUGGACUUGGGAGGCAGAUCCAUGCCCAAAUUAUCAAGCAAGAAUUGCAAUCGGAUGUGUUCAUAUCCAGCACUCUCGUCGACAUGUAUUCAAAGUGUGGAAACAUGCAGGACUCUAGGCUAACGUUUGAAAAAGCACCAAAGCGGGAUUUCGUGACAUGGAAUGCCUUGAUCAGUGGCUAUGCUCAGCAUGGUCUUGGAGAAGAAACCCUUAAGGUUUUUGAGGACAUGCAACUGGAGGAUGUGAAACCAAACCAUGCGACUUUUCUUGCAGUCCUCAGAGCUUGCGCACAUGUGGGGCUUGUUGAGAAAGGGCAGCAUUACUUCCAUUCAAUGCAAAGUGAUUAUGGAUUAGACCCUCAGUUGGAGCACUACUCAUGCAUGGUGGAUAUAUUAGGGAGGUCAGGCCAUGUUAGGGAUGCGUUGAAGCUUAUUCACGAGAUGCCUUUUGAGGCAGAUGACGUUAUUUGGAGAACUUUGCUUAGUAUUUGCAGAAUGCAUGGGAAUGUGGAGGUAGCAGAAAAAGCAGCAAGUUCUCUUCUGCAAUUGGACCCUCAAGACUCUUCUGCUUGUGUUCUUCUAUCGAAUAUUUAUGCUGAUGCAGGAAUGUGGGAUGAAGUUUCGAAGAUGAGGAAGAUGAUGCGGUAUAGUUCGCUGAAAAAGGAGCCAGGUUGCAGCUGGAUUGAGGUGCAGAGUGAGGUACAUAUGUUUUUUGUUGGGGACAAAGCUCAUCCAAGAUGCAACGAGAUAUAUGAGAAGCUGGAUGUGCUAACAGGUGAAAUGAAGUGGGUUGGUUAUGUAACAGAUAUUGAUUUUAUACUCGAUGACAAGGAGACAGAACAUGAGCACAUAGAAGAGCUUAGAAUAUGAAGUUUUAAGCCCUUUUAAUUUAGAAUUCAAAAUUUUUGACCACCAAAGGAACUUGGGAAUAUGAGAAGGCUGAAAAGAGCAAUCACUUUGUGCAAAAUAAUUCAAGAUUAUGUAUGUCUCUGGUCUUCCCCUCCCACACUGAACCAAGAUUUAGUUCGGAAACUAAUAUGAGAAGACUGGGAUUGCCCAUGCUUUUGCUAAUUCAGCAAGAACAGGGAAGAAGUGCUGGAAAAGGACAAGAGUGGGUCACAAUGACUUUCAGAAAGUUCAUAGAUUAACUGACACUAUGAAAAAGAUUCAAGGUUAUAUAAGUGUGCAUGAUAAAAACGAUAUCAUGUUUAGUUCAACAAAAUAGUUUUGUAGUUUGGAUCUGAGAAGUUUAUGGAUUAAAAUGUUCUGGGAUGAGAAGUAUCAGGAAACUGAGGCAAUAAAGCAGAAAUGCUGAACAAAUUUGUAAGGCAAUAGGCUAGUUUUCUCUCACAUUUUUGGGAUUUUGGUAUCCAAUUUAAGAAGCAAUUUAUAAAUAAUAGAUAAUAAAUGGGAUU